UGUCUUUUAUUUUGACAUGCGUAUUUCCGGUGCGAGUCAAAGGGACUGUUUUCAAGUUGGUGGAUAAAAUCUAACGAUGUGCUGAAGAAAAUAUCUACAAUAGAUAUUUCUUAAGGUGUGAUGCCUGCAGAUAUUCGUGAUGGAGGGUGGAACAGGAGUCUAUUAUCAAGCAAUGCCUGCAGUGGGACCUGAUGGGAAAAAUGUCAUGAAGUUGAUUCCUGUCCAGAAAGUAAACGGACAUUUUUAUCAGACACCGUUUAGUACAGAAAGAGACCGUGUGGAUCUACAACUGAAAUCCAAUGUAAAACCCAUUCAUCCACCUGCUGCCUCUUCAUCUCAAACACAGACUCGGCUUCCCUCCCUUCAGCCCAUAGCAGAUGAACGUUAUAUCCUGAAAACCCUGCCGCAGGUUAGAACUGUGUCUAACGCCGUCAAAACUCAGCACGGUGGAGCUAGUAACCUCAUAAUUCACGAUCCAAAGCCAGUGCAUGUUCCUCUUUCAACACACUCGGCUUCCCAGUAUUCAGUCCAGUUACCUCCUCAGCCCAACAGACGGGUCAUGGCCCCGGUGCAAACGUUACCUGUUACAGUUAAGUCACCUGUUCUCCCAAACGGUCAUUUCCUGCAGAUCCCUGCGAAUGCUAAAGUUAGGACUCUGCCAGCCACUGCGCUCCCACAGUCCAUCAAAUGCCGGAUAAUGAACUCUGUGAGUAACACCCUUAACCUCGAAAAGGGUCCGCCAACUGUUGUGUUCGUUUCCCCUGUGAACUCUGUAAAGCUAAAUUCUGACCAGCAAGUUGUUUCGGUUACAAAGCCAAGUCAAAUACAGGAGACCCUGUUUCAAAAUCUCCCUGCAUCUGUCAGUGUUCCUAAAAUGAAUGAAGAAGUGAACACUCCCCUUAAAUGGGUCGUCCAGGAGGGAACAGGUGUAUCUGCUCCUUGUCUUAUUCCUGUAUCGACACCGAAUGUCAGCUCUGACACCAUGAAAGCAGUCAAGCAUGUUAACUCAGUCGGGACGGUAAAUGAAAUCGCACCAAGCAAACCCACACCUCCUCAGGCCAGCCACGAAAAGAUCACCCCAGGCAAAGACAAUGCUCUGGUCAUGUGCAAUGGGAAGGUCUACUUUGUGGCAAAGAAAAAUUCGCAGAUUGCCAAGGAUGUGAUGAUCAGUGAAGGUGGUAAGAGGGGGGUUGUCAGCACCUCUCCUGCCCUGCCUGCCAGCUCCGCUCUGGGGCCAAGCUCUCCUAAGCAAGACCCAAACCUAAAUGUAAGUGAAAUCAUUGAUCUCUGUGAUGAUGAGGAGGAGAUGUCCACGUGUCUGGGAGGUUCUCCGGGAAAUUUGCCCACACCGAGUCAAACAGAGGUGGAUGAGAGCGAUGAAGACUCUAAUGUAAUAUUUGUGUCAUAUAUUCCACCCAAGUCUGAGAGUCAUACUGGUGACAAAGUGGAGAGAGCUGCCUCUCAGAACAAAUGUGAGAAAGUUCAACAUGCGGAGAUAAAUGCAAAGUCUGUCUCUCAGAACGAAGGGGAAAAACUGGCACGCGCUGAAAUGGAAAAAGAUGGUGGUCCGAAUAAUCCUGCGGCCAAAACAAGUGAUGAGAUGAUGGAUGAGCAGGUUGAGGGAAAUGUAAGAGCUGAAAGGAACAUGAGCUGCCUUUAUGAAAAUGUGAAUAUGGAGGCAGAUAAAGACUUGGAGAGUGGAAGUCCAUCUGGGACGAGAUGUCAAGAUGUCGCUGAAACUGUCAGUAUUUUGGAACCACCUCAGAGUGUCUGUGUUCAAGCCACUGAUAAUACUGAAAAGCCCUUUGAAAAGAGUCAACCCAAGAGUGACUGUCAGCUAAGAAAAGAAUUUGGCAUCACCUCUGAUGUACAAAUAUGCUUGCAAAGAACAAAGCUGACUCUGAAGCCAGAUCUACUUUCAGAGAGACUUUUAAUAAACAAAUGCACAUUAGAUGGUCUUCGGAAAGUGAUCCAGGAGUCAAAGAUACAGUCAAAAAUACAGCAAAUGAUGAAGGUUCCCUACACAAAAACCGAGGAGGAUGAAGGCCUGAAGGUCAAAAGAAAAAAGCUGGAACAGGAUGGGAGCCAAGAUAUUCUCUCCCUAAACUCCACACACAUUUCACCUGCCUCUAAAUGUUCAGUUGUUCCCAUGGAAAACAGUUUGGCUUGUCAAGAAGAGGUCUAUUUACCAACAGAAUCUAAAACUGAUAAGGUUCACAUGUUUUCUGAAAUGCCAGCAGAUUUUACUGGUAACACAUACGAUCUUACUCCCUCACACGAACCAAAAGCAAAACGGACUUUGAGUCAUCCUUUUUCUCCUUCCUCUUCAAGGAAGACCUCACCGCGCUCUAUUAAGGUUAGGGUGUGCACGGCCUGUCCUUGUGGGACUGUUUUAGGGGCUGCUGAAAACACUUCAUCCCUCCAUUCACAAGACAGACCGAAUCCAUGUACUGUUGCUGAGUCACACAAAGCGAAAAGAAGAAGCUGCUUGAAUAAAACCCUAGGAGAGAGUCACCAAUCUCAGAAACUUCAACCACAAAAUAAAGGUCUUGUUAAGAAAGCAGGGAAGAAAUGGUCAUCAGGAAAUCCAUGUAAAGACAAAACUCUGUUAGAAAGCUCUACUAGUGACACGUCACACAACAUCUCCUCAGCUAAGAGUUCAUUGAAUAUGUGUUCAAGAGGCCCCUCUGCAUCCAGUUUGCAGGACUGCAACAACCAGACUGAACUGUCCUCAAUCAGAACAGAAUGUAGUAACAUGACAAGCAUCAACACAGAUGCUGAAACAUCACAGCAAGACACCAGCCAGGUGCAAACAGCAUCAGACAACCCCAGCAUGUCAUUCUCUAAGAAACAGCAGGGUCACGAAAUAGACAAAUUUCCAACACAGUCACUGUACACGUUGGAGACGCUGGAUGCUGAGGAGAUAAAACGGCGUGAGAGAAUCAAACGUUUGAAGGAUCUCCUGAAGGAGAAGGAGGCUGCGCUGGAGCGGAUGCAAAGCAUGAACAUUUAGUCAUGUCUCUUACUGCUUAAAAGACUUCAAAGACUGUACACUGCAUGACACUGAAUGAGAAUGGGAAUAUCACCUAUUACUGUACAAGAAAAAAAAUGUAUAUAGUUUUUAGUUUAUUUACUCUUUUUCCCUUUUUAAUGUUUACCAGAUCUCAGUGUCAUACGUUUUAUUCAGUCUUUGCCUUCUUAAGCACUGUACUAUCUUAUAGUUGUUUGUAAUACAUUUAAGCAACUUUAGAUGUCAUCAUUUCAUUUUUCACAUCUUUGUAUGAUUUAUGUGCCUUUGUCAAUACUUUGUUUUCUGAAUUAAAUUGGUAGUUUUAGCAGCCUCAUUUCAUAAAAUAUUCAGUAAGUAAUUCAAAAAUUAUUCAGAAAUAAUUUAUAUUCCAUAAAUAAUUCAAUGCACUUUGGGGAAACCUUGUUUGCUGCCUAGUUGAAACUUUUUAAAAUCAAGAACCCAGUAAAUAUUCUACAUUUUGAAAAAAUGAACAUGCUGGUUCAAUUAUUCAAUUUUUAUAGUCAUCCUCAACUAUUAAACUUUAUGAAAAUGUUGCUUGCA